CUCGCCACAAAGGAACCGCAUUUUCUCUUCCCCCCCACCAUCUCCACUUUCUCUCUAAACUCUCUCUCUCUCUCUCUCUCUCUAGAAAGCUUGUCGCUCGCACUAAUUCCAUUCGCUCUCCCUCUCUGCACUUGGGUGAAGCAAACGGAGUGCUCAGUCUUCAAGCUGGCGAUCGAAAAUCAAGACACCACAGUCCGCGAAAUCAAGCCGAAGAACCGCAGGAUCAUGGGUGCUGGAGGUCCGGAUGAUGACGACAACAGGUGGCCGCCAUGGCUGAAGCCUCUGCUGAGCGAGAGCUUCUUCGUGCAAUGCAAGACGCACGCCGACUCGCACAAGAGCGAGUGCAACAUGUACUGCUUGGACUGCAUGGACGGAGCUCUCUGCUCUCUCUGCCUCCUGUCUCACCACAAGGAUCAUCGUGCCAUUCAGAUAAGGAGGUCGUCGUACCACGACGUGAUCAGAGUGUCCGAGAUACAGAAAGUGCUGGACAUAACUGGUGUCCAGACCUACAUCAUCAACAGCGCCAGGGUCGUGUUCUUGAACGAGCGACCUCAGCCCAGGCCCGGGAAGGGCGUCACCAACACCUGUGAAGUCUGCGAGCGCAGCCUCCUUGAUUCCUUCCGUUUCUGCUCUCUCGGUUGCAAGAUUGCUGGGACAUCGAAGAACUUCGUCAAGAAGCCGAUGAAGCCGAAGAAGCAACGAGCGAUGGCCACCGACUCCGAGGAGGAGGAGGAGGAUUCGUACAGCAGCAGCAACAGCGGCCGCCGCCGCCACCACCACAAGAGCCCCCACCGCGGCGGCCGCCACCACCACCACCACAAAGUCCACAGCUUCACGCCGUCGACGCCGCCCCCGACGGCCACCAACUUCCGGAUCACCAAGCGCCGGAAAGGGAUCCCCCACCGAGCCCCGAUGGGCGGGCUCAUCAUCGAGUACUGAUCGCCGAUCAGGCCCUCCACCGCACCGCGGAUUACGAAGUCAACGCCCAGCAGCCACAAGGUCCCGCGAUUCCGUACCCGAGCUUCUCACCAAAGAGAGGCCGGUAUGGUGGAUGGGGCCCCCCCUCCUCUCUCUCUCUCUUUCUAGACUUUUCUUUUCUUUUCUUUUCUUUUCUUUUUUUCCCCACUUUUCUUCUGUACAUAGAAGCAUAAAGAAGAAAUAGAUAGAUAGAUGGAUGGGGGUGAAAGAUGCAAAUAAGACAAUAUAUCAAGGACCACGAUGCAAAGAAAGAAGAAGAAGAAGUCGUGCUAAUAGCAAUAACAAGCCAUAUAGUUGAUGAAGUGAGCUUUUAUUAGGGUUUUAGAGUGAGGGCUUCAUACAUAUAUAUAAUAGGUUUUGUAAUGGGGUGAGAAAUGUGAAUAUGGAUGUUUUGUGGGGUCUCACUUCAAGCUCACCAUCUCUAUAGAGAGAA